UGGACGGGCGACGCCGCCGCAGCCCGGCCGGGAGAGAUGAGCGCCGACGCCGGCGAGGGCAUCACUUUCUCCGUGCCGCCCUUCGCCGCCUCGGGCUUCGGCUCCUUCCCUGAGGGCGGCAGCUGCCGAGGAGGAGCCGCGGCGGUGGCCGAGAGCGAGGAGAAGCCAAUUCCGCCGCCGCCGGCAGGCAGCUUCUGGAACGUGGAGAGCGCCGGCGCCCCGGGCAGCGCCGCGUGUCCCGCAGCCGCCCCCGGGAGCGGCGCCUCGCGGUGCCGCGGCAGCUCUGGGAGCGUGGCCGGCCGGCGGACCACGGUGGCGUACGUGAUCAACGAAGCGAGCCAGGGGCAGCUGGUGGUGGCGGAGAGCGAGGCCCUGCAGAGCCUGCGGGAGGCGUGCGAGGCGGUGGGCGCCACCCUGGAGACGCUGCAUUUUGGCAAACUGGACUUCGGGGAGACGGCGGUGCUGGACCGGUUUUACAAUGCAGACAUUGCUGUGGUGGAGAUGAGCGAUGCCUUCCGGCAGCCCUCCUUGUUCUACCACCUUGGGGUGAGAGAGAGCUUCAGCAUGGCCAACAACAUCAUCCUCUACUGUGACAGCAACGCAGACUCUCUGCAGUCGCUCAAGGAAAUUAUUUGCCAGAAGAAUACUAUGUGCACUGGGAACUACACCUUUGUCCCUUACAUGGUGACACCACACAACAAGGUCUACUGCUGUGACAGCAGCCUCAUGAAGGGCUUGACUGAGCUCAUGCAACCCAACUUGGAGCUGCUUCUCGGACCCAUCUGCUUACCUCUUGUGGAUCGUUUCAUUCGACUUUUGAAGGUGGCACAGGCAAGUUCCAGCCAAUAUUUCCGUGAAUCUAUACUCAGCGAUAUCAGGAAAGCUCGAAAUUUAUACACUGGUAAAGAAUUGGCAGCUGAAUUGGCAAGAAUUCGGCAACGAGUAGAUAAUAUUGAAGUCUUGACAGCAGAUAUUGUGAUCAACCUGUUACUUUCCUACAGAGAUAUCCAGGAUUAUGAUUCUAUUGUGCAGCUGGUGGAAACUUUAGAAAAAUUGCCAACCUUUGAUUUGGCCUCUCAUCACCAUGUGAAGUUUCAUUAUGCAUUUGCACUGAACAGGAGAAAUCUCCCUGGAGAUAGAGCCAAAGCUCUUGACAUUAUGAUUCCCAUGGUGCAAAGUGAAGGGCAGGUUGCUUCAGACAUGUAUUGCCUAGUUGGUCGAAUCUAUAAGGAUAUGUUCUUGGACUCUAAUUUCACAGAUACUGAAAGUAGAGACCGUGGAGCUUCUUGGUUCAAAAAGGCAUUUGAGUCUGAGCCAACACUGCAGUCGGGAAUUAAUUAUGCUGUCCUCCUCCUGGCAGCCGGUCACCAGUUUGAAUCUUCCUUUGAGCUUCGGAAAGUUGGGGUGAAGAUAAGUAGCCUUCUCGGUAAAAAAGGAAACUUGGAAAAUCUCCAGAGCUACUGGGAAGUUGGAUUUUUUCUAGGGGCCAGUGUCCUGGCCAACGACCACAUGCGAGUCAUUCAAGCAUCAGAAAAGCUUUUUAAACUGAAGACACCAGCAUGGUACCUCAAGUCUAUUGUAGAGACAAUUUUGAUAUAUAAGCAUUUUGUGAAACUGACCACAGAGCAGCCUGUGGCCAAGCAAGAGCUCGUGGACUUUUGGAUGGAUUUCUUGGUGGAGGCCACAAAAACAGAUGUUACUGUUGUUAGGUUUCCAGUAUUAAUAUUAGAACCAACCAAAAUCUACCAGCCUUCUUAUUUGUCUAUCAACAAUGAAGUCGAAGAAAAAACAAUAUCUAUCUGGCAUGUACUUCCUGAUGACAAGAAAGGCAUUCACGAGUGGAACUUCAGUGCUGCUUCUGUCAGGGGAGUGAGUAUUUCUAAAUUUGAAGAACGAUGCUGCUUUCUGUAUGUGCUUCACAAUUCUGAUGAUUUCCAAAUCUAUUUCUGUACAGAGCUUCACUGUAAAAAGUUUUUUGAAAUGGUGAACACCAUCACUGAGGAGAAGGGGAGAGGUGCAGAGGAAGGGGACUGUGAAGGUGACUCUCUGGAGUAUGACUACGAAUAUGAUGAAAAUGGAGACAGAGUUGUUUUGGGCAAAGGCACCUAUGGAAUCGUCUAUGCAGGUCGAGACCUGAGCAACCAAGUCAGAAUUGCUAUUAAGGAAAUCCCAGAGAGAGAUAGCAGAUACUCUCAGCCCCUACAUGAAGAAAUAGCAUUGCAUAAGCACCUGAAGCACAAAAAUAUUGUCCAGUAUCUGGGCUCUUUCAGUGAAAACGGUUUUAUUAAAAUCUUCAUGGAGCAGGUCCCAGGAGGAAGUCUUUCUGCUCUUCUUCGUUCCAAAUGGGGCCCCUUAAAAGACAAUGAGCAAACAAUUGGCUUUUAUACAAAGCAAAUACUAGAAGGAUUAAAAUACCUCCAUGACAAUCAAAUAGUACAUCGGGAUAUAAAGGGUGACAACGUGUUGAUUAACACCUAUAGUGGGGUGCUCAAGAUCUCUGACUUCGGAACAUCAAAGAGGCUUGCUGGCAUUAACCCGUGCACUGAAACUUUCACUGGUACCCUUCAGUACAUGGCACCAGAAAUCAUAGACAAGGGACCUCGUGGCUACGGGAAGGCUGCAGACAUCUGGUCUGUGGGCUGCACGAUCAUCGAGAUGGCCACCGGAAAGCCCCCGUUUUAUGAGCUGGGAGAACCACAGGCAGCUAUGUUCAAGGUGGGAAUGUUUAAAGUCCACCCCGAGAUCCCGGAGUCCAUGUCUGCAGAGGCGAAGGCGUUCAUCCUGAAAUGUUUUGAACCAGACCCUGACAAGAGAGCUUGUGCUAAUGACUUGCUUAUUGAUGAGUUCUUAAAAGUUUCAAGCAAAAAGAAAAAGACACAACCUAAGCUUUCAGCUCUUUCAGCUGGAUCAAAUGAGUAUCUCAGGAGCAUCUCCUUGCCGGUGCCCGUCCUGGUGGAGGACACGAGCAGCAGCAGCGAGUACGGCUCUGUUUCCCCCGACACUGAGCUAAAGGCGGACCCCUUCUCCUUCAAAACCAGAGCCAAAUCCUGCGGCGAGAAAGAUGUCAAAGGAAUACGGACCCUCUUCCUGGGCAUUCCAGAUGAGAACUUCGAGGACCACAGCGCGCCCCCUUCCCCCGAGGAGAAGGACUCUGGGUUCUUCCUGCUGCGGAAGGACAGCGAGCGCCGCGCCACGCUGCACAGGAUCCUGACUGAAGACCAAGACAAAAUUGUGAGAAACCUGAUGGAAUCUCUAGCUCAGGGGGCUGAAGAACCUAAACUAAAAUGGGAGCACAUCACAACUCUCAUUGCAAGCCUCAGAGAAUUUGUGAGAUCCACUGACCGAAAAAUUAUAGCCACUACACUGUCUAAGCUGAAAUUAGAGCUGGACUUCGACAGCCAUGGCAUCAGCCAAGUCCAGGUGGUGCUCUUUGGCUUCCAGGAUGCUGUCAAUAAAGUUCUUCGGAAUCAUAAUAUCAAGCCACACUGGAUGUUCGCCUUGGACAGUAUCAUCCGAAAGGCAGUACAGACAGCUAUUACCAUUCUUGUUCCAGAACUAAGGCCACAUUUUAGCCUUGCAUCUGAAAGUGACACUGCUGACCCAGAGGACUUGGAUGUAGAAGAUGACCACGAGGAACAGCCAUCAAAUCAAACUGUCCGAAGACCACAGGCUGCCACUGAAGAUGCUGUGGCUACCUCAGGGGUGAGCACGCUCAGCUCUACUGUGUCCCACGAUUCCCAGAGCGCUCACCGAUCACUCACCUUGCAGCUUGGAAGGAUGAAAAUAGAAACAAAUAGAUUACUGGAAGAAUUGGUUCAGAAAGAGAAAGAAUUGCAAGCACUCCUUCUUCGAGCCAUUGAAGAAAAAGACCAGGAAAUUAAGCACCUGAAGCUUAAGUCCCAACCAAUAGAUAUUCCUGGGUUGCCUGCCUGUCAUCUAAAUUCUCCUGGCACAGAUACUAAAGAUUCUGAACUUACUGACUGGCUGAGAGAAAACGGAGCUGAUGAAGACACUAUAAGUCGGUUUUUGGCUGAGGAGUAUACACUAGUGGAUGUUCUCUACUCUGUUACACGCGAAGAUUUAAAAUGCCUGAGACUAAGGGGAGGGAUGCUGUGCUCACUAUGGAAGGCCAUCAUCGACUUCCGAGAAAAACACACUUGACCGUCGUCCAGUUUCAUCGUUGCUGGAGAGCCUAAAAAUUAAUAAAGAACUGUAUUUUUUUUUGGGGGGGGGGGUUGAAGCAAGAGAAGAAAGAAGCUGCACUUUAAAUCCAGUAUUUGUUUACUAAUGUUAAAAAAAUAGACAAAAUACACUGAAAUUUCCUAAAUGUUUCUGUUUCUAUGAUUCUUACAGACUCUCAAAAUAAUCCUAAUUAGAAUUCUAACAUUUAGGAUUAUUUUAGUCUAAACAUUUUUUAUGGUAAUAUUUCUAACUUAGCAGCUAUUGCACUUCAGCCAGAGGUUUAUUUCACACAAAACAGAUCAAACAUUUCAUGUGAUUGUGCACCACUGGAACAAAACCAAGAUGUGACUAUGAUUUUUUUUAGGAUUAUGUGUUUGUAAGAUGCCCUAAUAAUCUGAGUAGAAUUGCAUAAUUUCAAUUAUUGUAUAAAGUUGAUGUGUUUUUUAAGUGUGUGCAGCAAUGGUUUCUACUUAUCUGUGUUACUUAAAAUGUUGACUGUAUUUUGUAACUUAAGUUUCUGUUCUGUAUAUCGUACAUUUGUUUGAAUUGUUGAUGUACUACUGAACUGUACCAGUUGCACAUGCCUGAAUCAUAGUAAUGUUAGCUUGUUCUAAAGCUAUCCAUUGUGUCAUAUUUACUCUAAAAAGUAAAGAGACUCUGAACAUACUGUUUGGAUAAAUUCUAAAGAAUCAUUAUUUUGUGUUGGAAAAUUAGAUAUAUUACUGUGUUAAA